AUGCACCGCCGUGUCCUUGUCUCUGGUCUUCCCAGGGUUCUCCCUCCCUUCCCAUCCUCGCCGGCUCCUCCCUGUCUUCCCUGUGUCGAGGGGCGGCAGCGCGCUACUCCUCACUCCUCCUCGUUCCCUCCCACAGAGGCUCCCCUGCAGACUCUCCACCGGGACGUGUGGGGCCCAGCCCGCGUCCGUGGACCGGGCCACGAGCGGUACUUCCUGCUGGUCGUCGACGAUUACACGCGUUACACCACGCUGUGCGAGCGGUUCGGGACGGACUUUCCUGUCCUGCGUCUGCACUCUGACAGAGGUGGUGAGUUCUCCUCAGACCUCUUGGCAGCCUUCUGUGCGGGGCACGGCAUCCGCCAGACGUUCACGCUUCCGGCCUCUCUGCAGCAGAAUGGGGUUGCUGAGCGCCGCAUUGGCUUAGUCAUGGAGGUCGCUCGUACCUCCAUGAUCCAUGCGGCUGCCCCCCAUUUUCUAUGGUUGUUUGCGGUCCGGUACGCCGCGCAUCAGCUCAACCUCUUGCCCUGUGUCUCCUUGCCGGAGACCUCGCCCACACUGCUGUGGACGGGGAAGGUUGGCGAUGCGUCGCGUUUCCGGGUCUGGGGUGCUCGUGCCUUUGUCCGCAAUACCACCGCGGACAAGCUCUCCGCCCGCGAUGUUCCCUGUGUCUUCCUUGGCUUUGUCCUUGACACGCCUGGUUGGCAGUUUUACCACCCCACCUCGCGCCGUGUCUUCCCCUCUCAGGACGUCACGUUCGACGAGUCGGUUCCCUUCUACCGUCUCUUCCCCUACCGCACUGCCCGUGUGUCUCAGGUAGACCCUCCUCCCUCGACUGCACCAGUUGAGGUCACUGGUGACUCAAGUCCUGCUGAGGGUGGUCCUGCUUGGGGUGCUGCUUCUAGGGGUGCUGAGCCUGGGGGUGCGGAGCCAGGGGGUGCUGAGCCUGGGGGUGCUGAGCCUGGGGGUGCGGAGCCUAGAGGUGCGGAGCCUGGGGGUGCUGUGCCUAGGGGUACUGAGUCUGGGGGUGCUGCACCUGGAGGCGCUGAGGCGUCUAGUGAGCAGUCUCCCUGGAGCGGCCGUCUGCGUAGUCGCUCCGCUGGUGCCUCGCCGUUGCGCUCUCGUCGUCGACUCCCUCUCUCCCCACAGCAGCUGCGUGAAUGGUACGCUGGCCGUCAGGGUUGCACUGCUAGAGCUAGGGGCCCUGGUGCAGGAGGCAUUGGAGCUGGUGACUCUGCUACAGGAGUUGUUUCUGCUAGAGGUUCUGGAGCUGCUGAGGGUGCUGGAGCUGGAGGUUCGGGAGCUGCUGCGGGUGCUGGCGCUGGAGGUUUUGGAGCUGCUGCGGGUGCUGACGCUGAGGGUUCUGACUCUGCUGUUGGGCGGUCUCUUUGGAGUAGCCGCCUUCGUCCGCGUGUGCCUUUCACCUCACAGCAAUUGAACGACUGGUACGGUCGCCGUCAAGGUCUUGCUUCUGGAGCUCGGGGCUCUAUCGCUGGAGGUACUUCUGCUGACGUUACUGGAGCUCGGAGUGGUGCUGGUCCCGGAGGUGCUCGUACUGGAGGUACUAGAGCUGCUGGGGCUAGAGGUGCUGAGCUUGAGGGUGCUUCUGCUGGAGACCCUGGGUCUGGGGGUGCUGCUGCUGGAGACACUGAGACUGGAGACCCUGGGACUGGAGGUGCCGAUUCUGGGGGUGCUGCUGCUGGUGGAGCUGGUCCUGGAGGAGUUGGCGCUCAGGGUUCUGGAGCUGCUGGAGUUGCCGGGGGUGCUGGAGCUGCUGGUGCUGGUGGCACUGCACAGCCCCGCCUGUUCUUUGCUCCACCGUCUCCGUCGUCUCAGCCACCGUCUGACUCUGUGCUUCGCCAGGUUCUUAGUCCCUCUUCGUCUACUGGUCUUCCGUUACGGCCUGGCUCACCGGUGCCUGCUCCUUCUCCUUACACUGAGCAGACAGGGGGUCUUACUGAGCGUCCCUGA